AUGUCUUCACGAUCAGGCACCACCCUCUAUGUAACUGGCUUUGGCCAUGGCACUCGUGCUCGUGACCUGGCCUACGAAUUCGAGCACUAUGGUCGACUGGUCAGAUGCGAUAUUCCAGCUCCCCGAACCGCCUCUAGCCGACUCUUCGCCUUCGUUGAGUACGAAAGUCGCCGCGAUGCCGAUGAUGCUUACCACGAGAUGCAUAACAAGCGCAUCGGUAGAGACGAUGUGCUAAAGAUCGAGUGGGCUAGGACUCCUCCAUCAGCUACCUGGCGAUACGAGGCUGGACGCGGUGGUCGGGACCGUCGUGAUCGAAGUCCUCCCCGCCGUAGCUAUCGCUCCCCUUCACCCCGACGCCGAGACUACUCCCCUCGCAAGGACGAUCGCCGCGACCGCGACCGUGAUCGUGAGCGAGGAGACCGCGAUCGAGACUACGAUGACCGCCGCCGCUCCCGCAGCCCCGCCGAUAGAGAUCGUGACCGCGACAUGAAAGAUGACAGAGAUCGACGUGAUGAAGACCGUGAUGGAGCACCCGCGGAUGACCGCAAAGCCGUGGACUCACCUCCUCCCGCCCAUGACGAACUCGACACUGCUGAGUAA